AUGACGGAUCUGGAAAGUCCGGAUCUCGAGACCAGCGCUGCAGCACUCAUGAGAGUGCUGACAGAAACCUGCGCUGAACGCAUGGGCAUAGUAAGAAUCAAAAAGCGUAAACCACCUCCCUGGUGGAACCAGAGUCUGGAUAGAGAACUAAGCAAUCUCAGGCGCUGGAGGACUCGACUGAGGAACGCACGGAAUGCGUUCGGCAAGCGUGUAAUCCGGAACUCUUACGAGAAAUUGAAGCAAAGGUUCAAUAUGAAUUGCUUCAAAGCCAGGCGGGAUUCCUGGCGCUCCUUUGUAACCGAUAUCGGAAACAGGGAACCGUGGGGACCCGUUUACACAUGGCUAAAGACUGGUGGCCUACGGCCGUCUCAGAAUCUUCCAGUGUCAAUCCGCCGAGAGAACGGCUCUUUCACCGACUCUCUCGAAGAGACUGGGAAAAGACUUAUUGAAAUCCUGGUCCCGGGAGAUACGUCCGACGGUGAGAGUCCCGAACAGACAGCCAUCAGGGCGGUAACGGGUGUAAGAGUCGGGUCCUUCGACCCGGAGACGGGCGAGGACGAACCGCCCAAUGCGUGCGAUGUCGAGGAGGUAAAAAGGGCCAUCUGGCGAAUGGAUCCAAAGAAGUCGCCGGGAGCCGACGGCAUUACGGCAAAGAUUCUCCGCCAGGCGUGGCCAGUUCUGGCCGAACACAUAACGAACGUGUUCAACGUUUGUCUUCGGUCCAGAAUGUUUCCAAACGCCUGGAAACUAGCCCGACUGGUGGUGAUUCUUAAAUCUACCGGUAAGGACCGAGCAGAGGCCAAGUCCUACCGACCGAUAAGCCUACUCCCGGUGGUGUCCAAAGCGCUCGAACACGUAAUCAUAGACAGGAUUCGAGCGGACACGGAUCCGAGCAUGUCAAAAAGACAGUUCGGGUUCACGAAAAACCUCUCGACAGUCGACGCGAUGCACCACGCUCUGAAUUGGACGAAAAGCAGGCAAGAAAAAUACGUAUUUGCAGUCUUCUUGGACAUUUCGGGCGCCUUUGACUGUCUAUGGUGGGCCCAGCUAGUUGUGGACAUGCGAAGUGCUGGCUGUCGCAGCGGGCUGGUUGAGCUGACGAAAAGCUAUCUGGACGGCCGCCGAGCUGUCAUGCAGAUCGGCGACCGAACAGUGGCAAAAACCCUUACCAAAGGGUGCCCGCAAGGGUCGGAGUAUGGACCGGAUCUCUGGAAACUAGCAGUGAACCCACUCCUGUCAGCUGACCCGCCCGCAGGUACUGAGAUAAUUGCGUAUGCGGACGAUCUUGCGCUACUUAUCUCUGGCGAAAAUCGGGCAGAGCUGGGAGUCGUGGAAACGAAUUACUCAGCAGAGCAUCGCUAUGGGCGAUCAAGCGAAAACUCUCCUUCUCCGCGACCAAGUCGCAGACCCUCUGGCUUAAGGGAAAUCUAUCCCGGCCAGACUUGGAUCUCCGACUCGGCACUGUAA